CCACAGAAGAAGAACUAGUAGUGGAAGUAGGGCGUCCAAACAGAUUGCUGUUGGAAGGAUAAAGCUCAGCAGAUUACGUUAUUUUAAACAUUAUACAUUGAUUGUGAGGCUCGCAGUUGUUUUGUGUGACGAUGGGCACUAGAGAUGACGAAUAUGAUUAUUUGUUCAAAGUUGUACUGAUUGGUGAUUCGGGUGUGGGAAAGAGUAACCUGCUGUCCCGUUUCACCCGCAAUGAGUUCAACUUGGAGAGUAAGAGCACAAUCGGGGUGGAGUUUGCCACGCGCAGCAUCCAGGUGGACGGGAAGACGGUGAAGGCACAAAUCUGGGAUACAGCUGGUCAGGAGCGCUACCGUGCCAUCACGUCAGCUUACUACCGCGGGGCGGUGGGGGCUCUGCUGGUCUAUGACAUCGCUAAGCAUCUAACGUACGAGAACGUGGAGCGCUGGCUGAAAGAGCUGCGAGAUCACGCCGACAGCAACAUCGUCAUCAUGCUGGUGGGCAACAAGAGUGACCUGCGCCACCUGCGUGCCGUCCCCACAGAUGAGGCGCGGGCGUUCGCUGAGAAAAACGGCUUAUCUUUCCUCGAGACGUCAGCCCUGGAUUCUACCAACGUUGAGACGGCCUUCCAGACGAUUCUGACAGAGAUCUACCGUAUCGUUUCCCAGAAGCAGAUGUCAGAGCGCCAGGAGAGCGACAUGUCGCCCAGCAACAACGUGGUCAACAUCCAGGUGCAGCCCACCGAGAACAAACCAAAGAUGCAGUGCUGUCAGAACAUCUAGCCUACCCUGUGGAUCUGCCGCCACUCCAGCCUGCUUCUUUUUUCCUCUCCUCCUCCUCCUCACAUUUCCUCCUCGCUCGUCCCCGUGCCGCCCUGUCUCUCAACUCUCCAGGCCCCGCCCUCAGAAAACAGACUGCCUUGGUGCACUGUGUGGUGUGGACAGGAGGAGCUGUAGCUGCACCUGCCUGUAUCUGCCCACCCAGAACACCCCCCACCCCCAGGUAAAUAUACCUCCCCAGUACAAGAGGUUGGUGUAUGGGGUGGCCUCCCGCCCCCCAUGCACAGAGCAGAGCCCCCGUGUCUUUAGGCGACUGUGGGACAGCAGGCAUUUCAUAUCACGUUAGAUUUCAUUACUGUAGAUGCGCUGACAUGUCACAAAAUGUCUUAAUAUAUGAAUGUGAUUUCUUUUUUCUCUCUUCAUUUUGUGCCCCUGUUGAUUUUCCACCUUUUUUUUUAUUAUCUAUCGUUCUCUGUAUUGUAUCACAUCUAUUAUUAGGUAUCUAAGAAUUAAAGGAUUGAAGUGUAUUCCUACAUACGAGCUUCUCUUCUGUCGUUUUUAGGUUAGCUCCUCCUCCUCAGUACCACCUGCUGUUUGGGGGUGAAACCGUCUGGAUGUACCGAGCACAGUGUAGCCACAUGCUCCGCCUGCCCGUUUGCUGUGAAUAUGGCGCUCGUGUAAUGCAGGAGCUUGGAACUGCUGAGUUUGUGGUGGGCGUCGGUUAUUUUUAAUGUGCUCAGGUGACAUCGCGCGCUGUGACGCUGUGCGGGUUUUUAGCUUCGGGCUAAUCAAAGCUGAACGCUGCGUUCAUCCUCCGUGUGGCACCGUGGGCCUGGUUGUGCUUAUUGUCAAAAGAACUUUGUAAUUGGAGACAUUUCAGUCCAAUGUUGGGAAGAACAGUUUGCAUAGAUUUCCCGUCGCGGAGGGCGAUGGUGUUUGGAAAGGUGAAGAGGUUUUCUGUGCGGUUUGUGGAGACUGUGCAGGCUGCUGCCCUCUGACAUGCUAACGCUUUAGCACUCGCUGCAGACUUCACCAGGAUCACCAGAGAGGCGGGGACUGAACAAGUCUCCACUGUGAUCAGAAUCUGGCCCUGGUUCCACUGGUGGAACCAUGUAGUUCCCCUUGAGAUCAGACACUAGCUCUUGUGGUGGAAAAGCUUUUGCAUAUUUGACUACAGCUAUGCAGAAAAAACGCCACUAAGCUGAUGAACUUCAAACUACAGAAACAUUCCUGAUCACAUGAUGACCAGAAGUCUGUGCAUGAAUCCACAUAAAUUCAGCUCCUGCUGCUCCUGAAGGCAAAUCGACGAGUCGGGUAUCAUGUGCAGAAUUAAUCGAGGUGUUUCCCUGAGCCUUGAUUUUGUUAAAUGUCUCAGAUGAGGUUCAAAGGCACGCUGAGAAUCUGGACCUCUGAUUGAAGGAGGCCUGAGGGCGGUUUUUAUCCAACACUUCCUGUCUGAAUUGGUCAGAAGUCUUUUUUUGAAAUCCUCUACAAUUUAAAGGCAUCAAAAUGCCGCUUCAGCGAAACGUUUUGAGCUCGACUGUGAAGUCAUGAUGUCAGAUCAGUUAAACCUGAUGUGUGUUUAAAGUUUGCUGAAUGUUUUCAGGUCUCAGCAUUUCUGGGCUUUGGUGAAAGAAUGAAACCUAAGAACAGUCUCUGAAUCCAAAAGACUCUCAGGGAAAUCCACGUUGACGUGGUCGUACAUAAAGACGCUGCAUCCAUUCCUACAGUGGGCGGCUGAGUUCAAUAGGGGACGACAGAGUGCUGAGUUUGGCAGCUGAUGGCCUGGUGGUGAUUGGGUGAUUUCGUGUUUGUUCUCUUCCACCCAUUACUUAAACAUUCCGGCAGAAUCAUUUGGUUUGCGCUGGGUGCGCACCACACACUCCCAAUCCUGAUUAGAAGACCUGAUUAAUCACGCCAUCGUUUUUGAAUCCAAUCCGGCUCCUUUCAGAUAUUAAGUGAACAACAGGAAACCUGAAGCAGCUUCAGAAAUUGCUGAGAAAUUAUGAUGGGGUGGUAUUUUUUGGGGUGUGGGGGCAGGUUAUUUGUGGACUAUGUUCUCUCAGUUUAUGAUCUGACCUAUAAAACAAUCCAGACUUUUUAAAGCGGCUGUAAAGGCAAACUCGCCGGCAAAGUUAAUGUUUCAUCAGGUUUAAGGCCUCUCCUCGUACGGGUCGUCAUCAUGGUUACUGUGGCUUUGACCAUCCUUACUGUCCAGCGGUGACGCCAGUGAACUGAUGACCAAUCAGAUGUUUAGGUUGACGUCAUGUCCCGGCAUGUCGACCACCAGAGGGCGCUGUGUUUGAAGAACAACAAAAGCGUCUCAUUCCAGAAUGAUCUCACAGUGGAGCUCACAAUUUUCAUCUGGGAGUUAGUUUUAUGCCACUUCAUGCCACUAGGGGGCGCAUGUUGUCCAUGAUGUUCCUCUGAGUGACUUUCAGAUCCUCACUCAGGUUUAUUUUCAUUCAGCUUUAGCACAUUUAUAUGGACGGCACUGUCGCACAAAUUAGACUCCUAACAAAUGUUCACUAGUGAAAAAAACACAAGAAAAGACAAAAUUCUGUUUGGUAAAAAGGCAAAUCAGUGGAUUUAGUCAGCUUUGUGAAAUAAACUCACUCUCUCUCUCUCGCUUUUGGGGACAUAACCGCAGUUGUUAGCACUGUUAGCUCACAGUGAGAAGGUCCCGGGGUCGCUUCCUGACUGGUCUUUUCUGUGUGGCGUAUUCCCACUGUGUGCGCCAGCCUCGUCCCAUGUCCAAACACCUGCAGGUUCGGUGAAUUGGUGACUCUAAAUUGACUGUAGGUGCGAGUGUGAAUGUUUGUCUGUGUGUGGCCCUGCGACAUACUGGCGUCCUGUCCAGGGUGACGCUGCCUCUCACCCAGUGCCCUCCACGUGACCCUUAAUUGGAAUAAGUGGAUUUAGUAAAUGGGCACACCUGGUCACAGUGCCUCCCCCUGCUGCCCUCGUUAACCAUCACCCGCUCACCAGCUAACAUCAUACCCGUGUCCUCCUCGCCCGUCUGCAUGGACAGAUGGGUGUCACGUGAAGCCUAUGCACACCGAGCUGCCUCUUACUCAACACAUGGCUUUUUGUAGGACGGAGUCCACGACGUGUUGCCUUAUGUCGCUAACAUUACCGUUAGGGUUUGAGGGUUAGGUCUGACUAGUUCGCGUGACACGCUCAGUUUCCAUGUGGUCGGUCCUGUAAUUGAGAGACGUCUCGCUGGCGCCCCCGUGUGUGUCUGCGGUUCGAGGUGAGGGAUGGAUGGGUAGCUCUGGAGUGUGUGAGCCUGGCUGGCAGCGCCAAUGGCGUUUGUUUAAACAGACGGCACUGCCAGCCGCGCUUCUCCAGACAGUUGCUGGUGAUCUGUGGACAAAACUGAAUCUUCUUCUGAAAACAUGAUUUCUGAUCCUGUUUCCUCGACCUCUAUUGUGUUUUUUUUUUUUUUUUUUUUUUUUUUUUUUUUGUUUCAGUAACGUGUUCAGUGAAAUUGUCAUUUCAGAUGUGGAGGGCUGAUUGUUGGGGGGGGGGUCAAAAUGAAUGCUUUUAUGUUUUGUACAGAUUGAGAAAUUGUAUAAUUGUGUCAAUAUAAGUUAUCAGCUCAUCAUAAUAAAGCGCACCAGUCAAACAC